GUUUUGAUGCCUACUAGUCUUAUCAGCUUAAUUGUCAUGUUUGAGAUUUGGAAUGUUCUUGUGAUAUAAUUGUAUUCCGUAUUAUAAUUAGUAGAAUGGCAGCUGAAAUAAAAGCUGCUGUAGGAGCUCCUGGUGAUAGAUUUAAUUCAACCAAGAAGCUAACAUUACUGUCAAAAUUAGAAGGAUCUGCUGAUGAUGUUAAUCAGGCAAUUAUUAUUCCAGGGCAAGAAGGUGUCAUCAGUGUUUCAGAUGACCGUUCCGUUAGAGUAUGGCUUAAAAGGGAUUCUGGUCAAUACUGGCCGAGCAUAUGCCAUUACGUGGCUGCUGCAGCUAGUGCAUUGUAUUUCAGACAAGAAACUAGACAACUAUUUGUUGGUUUAGAAAAUGGGACUAUUUCAGAAUUCAAGCUUGCUGAUGACUACAACAGAUUAAAUCAUGUCCGUGAUAUAUCGGCUCAUCAAGCUCGAGUUACACAUUUACAUUUUGCUCUUGACUGUGAGUGGAUCCUUUCAAUAGCCAGAGAUAAGAUGUUUCAGUUAUACUGUAGUGAAUCUGUUUGUAAUCUUGGUUCUUACUCAACUUCAGCUUGGUGUACCGCCCUGGUAUUUGAUUCACAAUCAAAACAUGCUUUUGUUGGUGAUUACUCUGGAUGCAUAACAAUGUUAAAACUUUCUGAAAAUGGUGUUCAAGAGAUUACUAAAUUGAAAGGUCAUUCUGGAAGCAUAAGAGCUCUUGAAUGGGAUCCUGCAGAACAAAGGUUGUUUUCAGGUAGCUUUGAUCACAUUGUGAUCGUUUGGGAUAUAGGUGGUCAACAAGGUACAGCCUAUGAACUUCAAGGACAUAGAAACAAAGUUACUUCAUUAUGCUAUGCCUCUGUUAAGAAGCAGUUAAUUUCUGGUGGAGAAGAUGCUGUGAUUAUUUUUUGGGAUAUGACAGCACAAAGAAAAGAGACUCCAGAAUGGGUUGAGUCAGAUACCUGCCAAAUUUGCAUGAAGCCUUUUUUCUGGAAUUUAAGAGCGAUGGUUGAAACACAUACAUUAGGCCUCAGACAGCAUCAUUGCCGUGCUUGUGGGCGUGCAGUAUGUGACUCCUGCUCUAACCCUACAAUUGCCAUACCCAGUCUUGGAUUUGAAUUUCCUGUCAGGGUGUGUGGACCCUGCCAUCUUCAUCUAAAAGCUCAGGAGAAUGUCUCCCUAGCUAGCUUUCAUGAAGCAAAACAUUCUAUUGCAUGGAUGGAUUUGGAUGAAAGUCAAAAAAGACUUCUUACUAUUGGACAAGAUCGAAUGAUUAAGCUGUGGGAUGCUUCACAACUUUUAUAGGCCUUUGUGCUUUUCUUGUAUUUACUUUGUACAUAUCCUGAUUUUAUUUUGUGGCAAUCUCGACUGAAAAAGUAUUGUUCAGAGAAUUGUAAAUGUUAGAUUAAGCUAUUGAUUUUUGAGCUUUGCUUUUUACUAAUAAACAUUUCUCGUCAUGUGAAUAUCCAAUAAGACUAGGUUAGUAUGAUACUGUUUAUUGAUAAAGGGUAAUCAAAAGAAGAGAUCUGUGAAGGAGCUUACUUUACACAAAUUAUUUUUAUUUAUGUUGUCAACAAAAAGUGAAUUUUUUGUUUUAUAUUUAUUUUCUUGGUUCCUUAAUAAUAGUCUUUCUAUAUGUGGGUUGAGUAUCUUUGUUUAGAUGAUUAAGGUUGCUACAUUAAAUAUUUAUUGUUAAUUUAUUAUUUGUUAUAUUUUCAUAUGACUGAAAAUUAUUGAAUAAAAAAUUAAUUUUUAAUAUUAGAAUUUAUUCAUCGUCAAUUAAAUAAUUUUUUUAUAAUAAAAUAAUAAAUGGGACCAUUUGGUUCUAAAAUAUUUGUUGUUCUGAUUGAAUCUGAAAUAGUUGUUAAAUAUUGCAUUUUUUACAACUGAGAAAUCCUGGUAUCACUAUUUUUUAAGUACAUAUAUAACUAAUCAUUUUCCAUUACUAUAAAACAGAGGUAAUUUACUUCUUGGGGUUAAAUUGCCCUCAAGCUAGAAUAAUUUUUUUUAUAAGGUUAGCAAAAACUUAUAGAGUGACAGCCUUGAGAAUGGUUUCUCUAUGAAAACAGCUGUUAGUCAGGUUCUCUAAGAAGCAAAAAGGAAAACGUAUCGAAGUUGGAAAGAAAUAAGUGAUUCUAAUUUUAGAGUAAUGUUACCUCUUGAGGUGCGAAAUUCCUCUGUUUUACAGUACUGUUAGUAGUAAUUAGAUUAUGAGUAUUUAUAGGACUUAAUGUGUAUAAAAUAUAUUUAAUAAAGUCAAAAUAUGGAUAUUUUAAAUAAUUUCUGAUCUAUAAAACAGAAAUUGUUAAUAUUCCUUCAAUAAUGUCAAUUCAUUUGUAAAUAAUGAAAUAUGUUUUAUUAUUACUAAAAAGUAUAUAAUAAAAUUUAUUAGAAAUGUUAGCUGGA